AUGAAACCUCCGCGUCUGCCCCGUGUAACUCGGGAAGAGUCCGCGAGAAAAGCCUGCCUUGUCCCCGCCUGCAUCCUCGUGAGCUUAGUCGUGUUGAAACUGGUGGUACCAAGCAGGCAUUUCAGAGCGAGCAACUUUAAUCCGCGCGGCGGGUUCGUCGCCGGAUCGUUUUGUCAUCCUUUCGCACUACCAAAAAUCAAAUCGCACCUCUCUUUCAGACCAAGGAGUCCGAAAAAACUAACAGACAUGGGGCCCGGAUAUUGCCUUUGUGCCGAUGAUGAAACAAGAAGCAGUAUCGCCAGUUUAAAAGGUUGUGGGAGCAAGCCCGUGACAUGCGAAACUGCGUGCGCAGAGCACGUGAUAGUCGGCGAAAAAACGGCGCCGUGCGUUCAGAAAACGCGCCCUGAGUGCAGUGAACGAUUUUCUCAUGAAAACAUGCAGAUGCCGUCAGAUGAUAUCAUUGAACUAGCGCGCGCCUUCCACUGGGCUAUGGGGCCUCACCUUGGCGUCAAGCUCCCACGAGGAAGUCGACGUGAUCUUUACCAGGAUUUUGCUAUGUAUGACAGGCAGAUGUCCAAAACUGAUGUUGCAAAGGUCAAGCGGCGAAUCGAAAAGUUCAAGCGCGAGGCACCAGCUUUCCCGAAGAAGAGAAUAUUUCAUGGCCGGGGAAUUGUCAUCGUUGGCGGGAGCUCUCCGAAGUUUUCAACGUCAUUCUGGGUUGCUAUUCAUGCUAUACGACGGACCGGCUCAAAAAUUCCGAUACAAAUAUGGUUCCCUGAUGGAGAGUUGCCAGACUGCGGACGCAUAUCCGAGCUGAACCGCCUAAACGUUACUGUUUUGUCUUUUUCUCAUCUAAAUAGAGCUGAUGAUGGCUUUGCAGAGGUCACGAAUCGGUUCAUGUUCAAGAUAAUUGCUCUCUUGUUCUCGUCAUUUGACGAGGUCCUCCUGUUGGAUUCCGAUAAUAUUAUUUUGAGAGAUCCAGAGGAGUUGUUUUCAUCGACACCUUAUUUAUCUACUGGUUCACUGUUGUGGUUGGAUUUUUGGGGGCGUUCAAGUGCGCCAGACUGUCAGUCAAUUCUCGGCAACGUUACAGCUGUGUUGCAUACACAUGAAAGUGGGCAAUUGAUAACUAAAAAAUCAAAUACAUGGGAGGCUUUGGCAUUAGCACUGUUCAUGAAUGCACACUCGUACUUCUUCUUUCCUUUGACAAUAAAUUAUAUGUGAGUCGGUUCUGGGCGACUCACAGUACAACUUCAGCUUUCCGGCAUUUCAAAAAAAUGCUCGAACUGGAUGGGCCUUAAACUAAGGGUGAUAAACUGGCGCCGAGCCGUUAAUGCAAUUUCCAUCCCUGGCCAUUUUUGUUGCCAUGAACUGGUAUUGUUCUCAACAGUAAACAAAAAUCACAUUUACGACCUUACAUCAGGGGCUCGGGGAUAAGGAAAUUAUCGCGAUGGCAUUUCUGCAUCUUGGCAUGCCUUACGGACUGGUGCAGCAUGGGCCGGAUCACGUUGGCGUCAGAGAUCACGAUAGAAGUUCUGUUUUAGGAAAUACUAUGUUGCAGCACUCUCCAGACGGCGUUCCAUUUUUUCUUCAUGCGAAUCUUGGAAAACCGUCUGUCUGGGUGCCAAAUAGUGCAAAGACGUAUGUGAGACGAUGGCAGACAAGCAUGCUGCACGGUGACACAUUUCCAAAGGUCCUGAGCUCUGCGGCCCGGGCAGACGACUUUGAGCUCUGGUACUUCUCGGUGAUCCGGAAUCACAGAUGUAUUUUUGACGACCGUCCAGCUCGGCACUGGUAUCACAUGCUGGGAUUUGGGCCACCCGUGGAGGGCUUUCAUGUUUCAGAUCAUUAUAAUAUGAAUGAGCAACUCGUGGC